AUGCCUCGCAUCGAUUCGUUUGUGUUUGUUGCCCUGCUUGCGGCCAUGGCCGCGUACUGGCACAGCGACCUUGUCCAAUUUGUUGGAAGUGUUGUGGUUGGUUUCACCUUGUUGGUGACGGGGAUUUGCUGCAUCAGCGGUCCCCGCGCAUGGCUUUUCCAGUUGGUGCAAUCGGUGGCAGUGUGGGUGGCCGAUGUCGAAGUCACCCAGGUCACCCCGGCCACCCACUCCACCGAGGCCACCGAGACCGAGAAAAGUCUGAGAGCCCAGGUGAGGGUUUUGGAGCAGCAGCUGCGUAGCACGGAGGCACGAGUUCGCGAUUCUGAGAGAGCCCGGGAGACCGAGAAGAAACGCCAUGGAAAAGAGGUCCUCCACCUGGACGCCCAACUGGCGACUGUCUCCCGGGGUAUCAAGGAAUCCCUGCUUGCGAAGGAUCGGGUAAUCGUCGAGUGCCGCCAGUGGCGGCGCAAGUUCGAGGACCUGGAACACCUACAGCAGCAGGCCCUGGAAACUCCCGUCCGCGAGACGAAGGAGCGUCCUCGUUGGGCCCCGGCCAAAAAAUACGGAGUUGGGAAGCGGGAACGUGGUCGGUCGGAAAAAACAUUCACUGCCAUUGCGCAGGUGGCGAUUGUCAAUGCGGCGUGGGAGUCGAAGCUGGUCAGCUUCGAGGGCGAGGCUCGAGACUAUGUGGCCCGCACCGACGACCAGAUUCAGUCUCUCCACGCCGCCAUCACCGCGCUUAGCAACGAAAACGCCUACCUCCAACAGCAGAUGAAGGCGACCCCCGCCAUCCCUCAUGAGCUGGCCCAGCAGCAAGUGAGUGAUGCGGUGGCAAGCGCGAUGCUGUUUGCUGAUCAGAAGCAUGAGGAGGUUGUCAAGUUGCUAAAGCAGACUCAUAGCGAGGAGCUGAUGGCAGUCAAGGCCGGCCACGAGAAGGAAUCGGUUAAGGCAACAUCGACAGUCAAGGCAGAGGCGGAGACUGCGCGAGCCCAGCAGCGUGAGGCGGUUGAGAGAGCGGCGCAGGAAGGAAAGCGCCUGGAGAAAGAACUCGCCGCUAAGGAAGCGCAGCUGGGCGAGCUACAGACCGCCAAUGCUAAGAUUGCCGGUGACCUUCGAGUCAAGGAGGAAGCAUACCUCCAGCUCGAGAGUGAGAGGGACGGCUUCCUAGCAGCCGGCGAAUGUCUACAAGCCCGGUGCGAUGAACUCGAGACCGAGGCAGACGACUUCGCGAGGGAAAAACAGGCCCUUGUGGAUGAGAUUGAGGACCUGAAGGAUGCAGCGGAGUACCUAGCUGACCAAGGCGAGCAGUCAGAGCAACAGGUAGAGGAACUAAAGGACAACAACCGAGUCUUGCUGGAACACAACUCGGAGCUGCUUUGCCAGACAGUGGUAUCCGACCUCGACCUCCAGCAGACUCGGUGCAGAGUGGGCAACCUUAAGCGCCAGGUGGCGGAUUUCGAAGCCGCAGACAUCACGACAGCGGUUAGCGUUAUGGAGUUUAGUGCUGAAUAA